AUGAGGGAUUCGAGAGGAUGCAUGUGGUUGGUACAUGCACGUGUUUUGCAUGCCAAUGGUUUUUUCUACCUUUGUAAGUGGAAUAGCGAGCACAUUUGUGGUGUUGCUGUACGGACCCCCAAAAACCCUAGAGCUGGUUCCGAUCUAGUGUCCGAUGCUAUUUGUGAACGGGUACGUGAUAAACCGCUCACAAGGCCUACUGAUGUUGUGUAUGACAUGAAAAAAGAUUACGGAUUGGAGGUUAGUUACCGAGUUGCAUGGUUAGGUGUUGAAAAAGCUCGCGGUGAGAUGUUUGGUGCACACUCCAUUUCAUUUGACCAACUACGCUGGUACAGUAGCGUAGUCAUGGAAAAUAAUCCUAGGAGUUACAUCAGCAGUGAAUAUGAUGAACAAAACUACUGUUUCAUACGGUAUUUCAUAUCAUUCAAAGCAUGCAUUGAUGGGUUCAACCAUUGCCCCCCAUUGCUUUUCUUGGACGGGACUUUUCUAAAAGGGAAAUUCAAGAGGAACUUGCUAGCCGCAACUGCGAAGGAUGGCAACCAAGGCCUAUUCCCUGUGGCCAUUGUGAUUGUUGAUUCCGAAAACACUACAAAUUGGGCUUGGUUUUUGGGACACCUCACAAACGUGGUAAAUGGGCAAAGGACACUUACAUUUGUCUUAGAUCGACAUGCGGGCUUACUAGAAUCGAUACCCAUCAUAUUCGCCACAACAAAGCAUGCGUUUUGCUUACAACAUUUGCAGCGUAACUUGCAAGACAAGUUAUGUUAUGUGAAUAGUUCAUAUUGA